GCGUUCACUGACAGAGCACAACCAGCGGAGGAGGUGUGGGUAAAAAAACGACCGGGGACGAACACAGAAAAACACAGACUCCUGGUUCGUUCGGUCCCGUCCACUCGUCCACUCGUCCCAACAUGGCGUGGACAAAAUACCAGCUGUUCCUGGCGGGACUCAUGCUAACAACGGGCUCCAUCAACACUUUAUCCGCCAAAUGGGCUGACCUGUUCUCCGCUAAGGGUUGCCAUGACGACCCUGAACACACUUUCUCUCAUCCGUUCGUACAGGCAGUGGGGAUGUUUCUGGGCGAGUUCAGCUGUCUCGUGGUCUUCUACAUCCUCAUCUGUCACGACAGACGUAGACCAGAACCCAAGAUCAACCCGGGCCAGAGCUUCAACCCCCUCCUCUUCUUCCCUCCCGCCAUGUGUGACAUGACGGCCACGUCCAUCAUGUAUGUUGCUCUCAGCAUGACGAGCGCCUCCAGCUUCCAGAUGCUCCGCGGAGCCGUCAUCAUCUUCACCGGUCUGCUCUCCGUGGCUUUUCUGGGGCGUCGCCUGGCCCCCAGUCAGUGGCUCGGCAUCUGCAUCACCAUCCUGGGUCUGGUGAUAGUGGGCCUCGCCGACUUUGUCAGCGGGAACAAAGACGAUUCACACAAGCUCAGCGACGUCAUCACGGGAGAUCUUCUGAUCAUCACGGCCCAGAUCAUCGUCGCUGUGCAAAUGGUCCUGGAGGAAAAGUUCGUCUACAAACAUGACGUCCAUCCUCUAAAGGCUGUGGGGACUGAAGGUUUCUUUGGUUUCUUGGUCCUGUCGCUGCUCCUCAUUCCCAUGUACUUCAUCCACGUCGGCAACUUCAGCGACAACCCUCGGCAGGUCCUGGAGGACGCGCUGGACGCCUUCUGUCAGAUCAGACACCAACCCCUCAUCAUAUUGGCCCUGCUGGGCAACACGGUCAGCAUCGCCUUCUUCAACUUCGCCGGGAUCAGCGUCACCAAAGAGAUCAGCGCCACCACGCGCAUGGUGCUGGACAGCCUGCGCACGCUGGUCAUCUGGGUGGUGAGCCUGGCGCUCGGCUGGGAGCGUUUCCACGGCCUGCAGGUCCUGGGCUUCCUGGUCCUGCUCCUGGGUACGGCGCUGUACAACGGACUGCACCGCCCCCUGCUGGCCAAGAUACCGUACUUCGCUGCGAGGAUGAACCUGGAAGAGGACGACGGCGCGGGAGAAAGGGAGAGACUGCUGCGUGACGGCAGGAUCCAGCCCGAUGACGAUAGCUAGAAUAAACUGACACAUUGGGCUCAGACUGCAGUGAACUGUCAGUCAGAGACACUGCUUUUAUCGCGAGAGCCGUCAGUUUUUAAACGCACCUCAGAUUUGAACUGACCUCACACAUGUUGUAAUACAUCAGAGUGUGAAAACCUUUUGAAGAAACUGUUUAGCGUUUUUGGAAAAUUCUCUUUUGUGUACUUUAAAUAUGAAGCUGUUAGCAUAGCUUAGCACGAAGGCUGUAAACGGGAGGAAACAACUGUAUUACUUUAUAUUAUUAUAUUAAGUUUUUAUACUUCAGCUUUGUUUGCAUGAAAACAAGAAGCUAGGUCUGUUUCUGUCCGUCUGUCUUUAUACUAAGCUAAGCUAAGCUAAUCGUCUGGUUCCAGCCACAUAUUUACUUGAUUUACAUGAGAGAGUCAUUAAUCGUCUUAAAUUCUGUGAGACACAUCUCAAGCUGUUCAAUCAAAGAAACGGGUUUUAUGUUUUAAAGGGAUCCUCUUAUUUCAAGCUGAUUGUGUUAUUGUCACAAAUGAAGUCUGUAUCAUUUUUUGCUCCCCACGCUUCAAACAUAUUUUUUUAUUUUUUAGAAUUAUUUGUUUUAUUUGGUGUUUUUAAAUUCAUUUUUUAUUUCAUUUUAUUUUUUUUAAUUCUGCACCGUCGUCAUAUUGUUUAUGAUGACGAUUUUAGUUUUAAUUUAAGUGGUCCUUUUUAUUUAAUUUCCUUUGCACGAUGGGAUCCAAAUGUUUGUUCGUUUUUUUUUUUAAAAAAAGGGUUGAUGACUGUGUGUUUUGAUCAGCUGUGCCAAAAUGUGCGUGGUCAGAGGAGGUCAGACAUCGGCACCAAGUGAUUUGCACUUGUUAUUGUAAGUCCUGCUUCUCCUUCCCCGCGGAGCUGUUUGAGGCGUUGGUUGUAAGUAUGAAAAAAAAGGGAACUGCCAUUAAAUCUCACUUGUUAAAUGUCACAACAGCAUUUUUUUUUUUUUUUUUUACUAAGGCCUCUGAAGACGACUAUGGUUAAGAUUGAGCGAAAUGCAAAAACAAAAAGCUAAACAUUC